AGGGGGCGGGGGCGGGGCGGGCGGAGAGGUGCGGCCGCGCCCCUCCCCCCGCCCCCUCCCCUCCCGCUCCCGUCCCUCCCCUCAGGGCUGGGGCACGGCGGGGAGGGAGGGAAGGAGGCAGGGAGGCGGCCGCGAUGGAGGAGCCGCUGUGCUGCUGCGAGUACGUGGACCGGCGGGGCCGGCGGAACCACCUGGCGGCGUGCUGCUGCGACUGCCGGGAGCUGGACGAGGGCUGCGACAGGUGGCUGACCUGCAGGUCCCUGCCCCCAGGAGCUCUGGAGAGGAUCGCCGAUGACAUUGCAGACCGCUGCCGCGUCCCUUGGUUCGCAGGGGCCGUGAAGAUCAAUGUCAGCCUGGUGCCACCACUCGUGCUGCUGCCUGUCUUCCUCCACAUCGCGGCUCUGCACUUCCUGCUGGGACUGGUCAUCUUGACUUCUCUUCCCGUGGUGGUGCUGUGGUAUUACUACCUCACCCACAGGAGGAAGGAGCGGACUCUCUUCUUCUUGAGCCUGGGACUCUUCUCCUUGGGCUACAUGUACUAUGUCUUUCUGCAGGAGGUGGUUCCCCGAGGCCACGUGGGGCAUUCCCAAGUGGUGCUUCUCACCUCUGGGUUAGUUCUCAUGCUUGCAGCCUUGUCGCGAGCCAAGAAAGACCCCGGCUACCUUCCCAUCCCAGCAGGUGAUGGCAAAUCAUCGCAUCAGGAUUUUCCCAAGAACCUUCGAGGGAGCUCCAACGGGCUCCACGGAGUCGCUUUGGCAGGAGCUGCCAGCGGCCGUGCUGUGAAUGGGGAGGCCAAAGGCUACUCCAGAGCCUCAGCUGAGGGGCUAGAAGGUAUGAGAAAGGACUGGUGUGCUAAAUGCCAGCUGGUCAGGCCAGCCCGAGCGGGGCACUGUCGGCUUUGUGGCAGGUGUGUGAGGAGACUGGAUCAUCACUGUGUCUGGAUUAACAGCUGUGUAGGGGAGCAGAACCACCAAGCAUUCAUCCUUGCGCUCUCCUUCUUCAUGCUCACCUCUGUCUAUGGGAUUACGCUGACCCUGGACACCAUCUGUAGGGGACGAACCCUGUUUGUGGCGUUGUUCUACUGCCCUGGGGCCUAUUCCGACUACAGCUCUGCUCUGUCGUUCACCUGUGUGUGGUACUGUGCCAUUGUAACAGCUGGCAUGGGAUACAUCCUCCUCAUCCAGCUGUUGAACAUCAGCUUCAACGUGACCGAGAGGGAAGCUCGGCUGGCUCUGCGCGACAACACCGGGCGCAGGCUCCUGGGUGGGUUAGUGAUAGACACUGGCCAGUACAACAGGGGCUUUCUAUGCAACUGGGGCCACUUCUUGAGUCUGGGGUCUCCCCCUCCACUGCGCUCUGCUGAAGACAUCGUCUGACAGCCUUUUUUCCUGCAGAUGACGUUGACUGACUGUCUUUAGCGGGGGAACGGCCCCUUCCCCUAGAACUCCCCCCUCCACACCCUUCCUUCGUGGUCGGUGUAUGGGCUGCCCACCCUGUCACAGACAUUGGAGGCUUUCCCAGGCAGAAUGGUUCUUCGCGUGCCAUCAGCCAGCAAUAGGCUGCGGAAAGCAGUAAAGCCAUAUGCACAAACCUGGAGAGCAGGAGCCUGCUGCCUUUUUGCACUGUCGGAAGCUUCGCUUGGCUUGGCUCAGCAGGAAGAAGAAGACAAGGUUUUGAGAACUUGGCUUUUCGUUAGGCAUGAACUCUGGCAUCAAGAGGAACCUGCUGCUGGACUUCAGAGUGUGCUGGUUCCUGCUAAGGUUAAGGAAUCCCUGGCUCAUACCUACAUGCAGCAUUUUGGAGAUGUCAGGAGGGUGAGCUUUUAAUAUAGAUAACAUGCACCGCUGCAGAAGCUAGGCUCCUUGGAUAAAAGACGCUGUCCAGGCAGUCACUGAGCAGCUCCCUCCUCUCUGGCGUGUUUUUUCUUCCAUUUUCUAUUCCAUCCAGCUGUGUAUACAUGCUACUGCUUGUAUUAAGUGCCUUUGUGAGCAACAUUCCUGUAGGGCUUUGUAAGAUCCUCUCGUCUCCUGCCCUGUCUCUCUGACUGGGUGAGAAGACGCUGUCAUCUUUGAUCUCGUCAUUCUUUUUGUAAGCUGAGUUUCUGUUGGGCUGACAGCUCGUCUCAACUCCCUGAAAGUGCUUCUGCUCUGAUUAUGGAUUCUGACAUGAGACAGCAGGUAAACAUAC